CGUCAACUGUAAUAAAAAUCACCGACUCACAGAUAUGAAUCCUUAGAACUUUUCCGUCUUUUGUCUGCGUUGUUCUUCCCUCCGAGCUUCCCGUCUUCGUGUAAAGCUGCGGUUUUUGUGCAUUUUUUGAGGAGCGAAUACGGGCUUCAGCUGAAAUUCCGAAACCCUAAAGGCUUCGAUGGCUAAAACAAGACCAGGGGUUAGUAGUAGCUCCAAGAGCAAACCAGGGAAGAGAGAGCUGGAUUCUUACACCAUUAGAGGCACCAACAAAAUCGUACGAGCUGGAGACUGCGUUUUGAUGCGUCCAUCGGAUGCCGGAAAGCCUCCUUACGUUGCCCGUGUGGAGAAGAUUGAGACCGAUGCUCGGAACAAUGUUAAGGUACAUGUAAGAUGGUACUAUCGGCCGGAGGAAUCACUUGGAGGUAGGAGACAGUUCCAUGGAGUCAAAGAGUUAUUCUUGUCUGAUCACUACGAUGUUCAGAGUGGUCAUACCAUCGAAGGGAAAUGCAUCGUUCACACAUUCAAGAACUAUACAAAGCUCGAGAAUGUCGGGGCUGAGGAUUACUACUGCAGGUUUGAGUAUAAGGCUGCAACUGGAGCUUUUACGCCAGAUCGAGUUGCUGUGUACUGUAAGUGCGAGAUGCCGUACAAUCCAGAUGACCUCAUGGUGCAAUGUGAAGGUUGCAAGGACUGGUAUCAUCCGGUUUGUGUUGGAAUGACCAUAGAGGAAGCCAAGAAGUUGGAUCACUUCAUGUGUUCUGAAUGUGAUGCUGCUGCUGUGGAUGAUGAUGGCAAGAGAUUGCAGAACGGAUUCGCUCCAUCUCCAACAGAUGAUGUCAAAGUGGAGCCAAAACGCCGGAAAAGAUGAAGCAAUGUUCUCGUGAGAAGAAAAAACAAAAAGGGCAAAAAAACCCGGGUAAUGUGAGUCAGAUCCUUGUUCAUCUCUUAUCUUACCUGUAGAAUUUUGAUUCUGCGCGUUGUAAAAAAAAAAGAAUCCCGAAGGAAGGGCCGAAAAAGAACAGAGAAGAAAAGGAAAGAGAGGAAGGGAAUGGUUUUUCUUCUUCUUCUUCUUGUUCCUUUUUCUUCUUAUUUGUUGUAGGGAUGUUUGGUACUGGGAUUAGUGUUCAGUUAACUUGUACUCUGGUGA